ACGCCCAAAACAAUCCCCCCUCGCCGGGCAGGGACCACCGAAUCCCUUGAAUUCCCCCCGCCUCCUGCCUCGAGAGCAAAUUAUCCCUACCCUCUCUCCACCCCUCGCCUCCAAAUGGCCGCCCCUCGACUGCGAAUAUUGCAAGCAGUGGGAACAACAGCCCUGCUUCCAACCAUAGUCACGGCGGCUUUCUUCAUCGUCUACACCGUGUCCUCAUCCAUACGCCAUUCGGCACUGGCCGUUGUCAGCGUCGUGUCCGCAGCGGCCGUCUUGUGCACUUGUAUUCCCAUCAUACUGUUUACCGUUUAUCCCUCAUGCCGUCGACGACGAUUGUACCGGCAAUUGGGAGCAGCGGCGUCUGCCCUCGCCGCGGUGGUGUCGGCGUGCGCCUUGGGGUGGAUGGGCCUGAGGCAGCAAGCCCUGCCACGAAACAUCCUCGGCCGUAAUCCGGUGCAUGUGGUGUUGGCCGGAUCCGCUGUUUACAUCGUCACAGUGGUAAUGCACUCGGUGUUCUGGACCAUGCUCCUGGCCUCCUCGUUCUCCUCCCCAUCUGCUUCCGCAUCACCGCACGAUGACCACGAGGCCAACACCCCCUCGCCGCACCACCCCCCGCACCGCUGUCUCUGCGCCGCGCGGGAGAACCUUCACCUGCCACUCCCAUCGCCCACCUUCUCAGCGCGCAAACCCUCGCUCGACUCCUCGCUCCGCGCGUCGAAGCACCGGUCAUUCGUGGCGCAACUAUACCAGUCGACGGGGGGUCCACCGGCGAAGAAGUCCUCUCGCAGCCUGAGCAUAGGCGUGAGCCCGUUCUCGCCCAUGUACACCAUCAAGGGUAAAGACGUGCAGACCAGCAGUCUGGUCACCAUGUCCACCCACCGCUCGCCGUCAGAGGUAAACCACUUCGAUGACUGGGAGACCUCCGACGUCUCCGCGACGGAGCGCGUAGCGGCCUCGCUCGCUGUCGUCGAGCGAGAAACUCUGCUGCAGGAGGCUAAGGCCCCGACGACUACGAUGCACACCCCGCCAAAAAAGUUAUCGCUGGCGCUGGAACAACGCCCCGUCUCCUCCGUCUGCGACAGCGAGAUCUCCGUGCCGGAGAGGGGGAAUAGUCCCCCCCUGCCGGAAAACGACGUCGUCGUCGUUUCCCCGAGAACGCCGGCGUUUCCGCCGUGGCCCCUGGGUGUCGGCGGAAUGGGCGGAAUGGGGAUGGGAAUGGGAAUGGGAAUGGGGAUGGGAAUGGGAUUGGGAAUGGCGAGUCCGACUACGCCGAGAUUCGUCAUCCGACGGGGCGGGACGGGCGGGACGGGGAAGUGGUUGGCUAGGAGUAGGACCAUCGAGUAAUAUGAUGGUGGGCAGGCUGCAGGUGGCGGGUUUCAUGGGUCUCUCUCCCCGCGCUGUGAGGGGGAGAGGGUUGGCGACACACGGCAGGAAUCAGGGAACCAGGCUACCAUGGAGAUGGGAUAAUACGGCCUCGUCCUCCGCUCGCUGUAAUUUUUUUUUUUUUGGGGGGGGGG